CGCGGUGGGGGGGGGAGGGAAGGAAGGAGCCCGGCCCUGAGGGGAGCGGCGGCGGCGGCACCACCGGUACCGGCACCGGCACCUCACCGGGGCUCCGCACCCGGCCCCGCGCUCCUGCCCGUAGCUGAAGGAAGGAGCGAGGAGGCGGGGGGGGGGGAAAAGCGAACGAGAGUGGUCGCGGGUCCCGCCGCGGGGAGCGGAGCGAGCGCGGGGCGGCGGCGGCGGCGGCGGCGGCGGCGGCGCUGCUCUCUCUCAUCAUGUCGGCGGGCGGGGACUUCGGUAACCCGCUGCGGAAAUUCAAGCUGGUGUUUCUGGGCGAGCAAAGCGUGGGGAAGACUUCCUUGAUCACCAGGUUCAUGUAUGACAGCUUUGACAACACCUACCAGGCAACAAUUGGCAUUGACUUCUUAUCGAAAACCAUGUAUUUGGAGGAUCGAACAGUACGGUUGCAAUUAUGGGACACAGCAGGUCAAGAACGGUUCAGGAGCUUGAUUCCUAGCUACAUUCGUGACUCCACUGUUGCAGUUGUUGUUUAUGAUAUCACAAAUGUAAACUCGUUCCAGCAAACAACAAAAUGGAUUGAUGAUGUCAGAACGGAAAGGGGCAGUGAUGUCAUCAUUAUGCUGGUGGGAAAUAAAACAGAUCUAGCAGAUAAGAGACAAGUGUCCAUUGAGGAAGGAGAAAGAAAAGCCAAAGAGCUGAAUGUAAUGUUCAUUGAAACUAGCGCAAAAGCAGGAUACAACGUAAAACAGCUUUUCCGACGCGUGGCAGCUGCCUUGCCUGGAAUGGAAAGCACACAAGACAAAAGUAGAGAAGACAUGAUUGACAUAAAACUGGAAAAGCCUCAAGAGCAGCCUGUCAGUGAAGGAGGCUGUUCCUGCUAAUACCAUGUGGCUUCUACCUUUCUCCAGAACAUCACUGCUUUCCCUCCCUUUACUCUUCAUUGACUGCAGUGUGAAUAUUGGCUUGAACCUUCCCCUUUCAGUAAUAACGUAUUGCAGUUCAUCAUCGCUGGCUGUCUCGUGGAGAUGAUCUAUUAGCUUCACAAGCACACACACACACCCCCACACAAAGAAAAUGUCAGUGUCUUCAUUAUUUAUAAGAAAAAAAAAAGCCAAAAUAUUUCAGCAUAUUCUAGUUAUAACUUUAAAAAAGAAUAGGUACAAUUUCUUAAUAUUUGUUCCUUUUUUAAUAUGUUAUGAUAUUGCACUUUGAAAUGAUGGAAACCAAGUAAGUUUUGAAUUGGACUUAGAUGAGAAGUACGUGCAGAAGAGUGCUUGCAAAUCUUACCCAUUCGAUAUCUCUUAACAAACUGGACAUGACUAGACAGCAGUCAGAAAUGCAAGCGGGAGGUGGCAUAUGCCGAGGGUCAAAUGCUUAUCCUCACAAUAAUUAAAAAAAAACAACAAAAAAUUGAAACCAAGCUCUUAAUCUUUUGAGCGGAGAUAGUCUGACUGGUUUUCAAACCCCCAAACGUUUUUGGAAACGCAACCUUUAGCGGGGGUUUCGACACCACGAAAGGCUACUGGGUUUUUUAGUUCUUGCAGAGGCAACGUGAACACAUUUCCAAGAAAGCAUACCGAGAAAUGCAGCGUGGCUUUCUGAGCGGGAUGGAUGGCUUCUGGAGGAUUUGGGGGGGGGGAAGGAAAGGGUGGAUGUGCAUUAGCAAAACACUUGCAGGAAGCAGGGAAAUAUGUUUCGAGUGCAAGAUGAGUUUUAAGAGUAUUUUUUUUCCUUUUACGUAGAACAUGGACGAAGUAAGUUAUUACUGCCCGAGAGAUGGGAACGUAACGUUUCAGCUGUUUGGAGGAGAAAGCGUUUUGCUGCUUCUUUUUUUUUCUUAGGGGAAAUAUUAAGUGAAUUCAGGACUGGCACUAAAACCUGCCGAAGCGGAUUGAAACCUUUUAAAUUGGGCAGAAAGAGGAAAGAGCAGCGGGAUUACCCGGCGGAGACGCUGUGUUCACAGGCCAGUUCACGGCUGGGAGAGAGGGGGCGGCGGAAGGGGGAAUCGCACCCGCUUUUCCAUAGCGUGGUCGUAGGUCGGCUGGGGAAGGGGGUGUUUACUUUGCUCGUACAGAAUUCUAGUUGAGAGGUCUUAGAUGGAAAGGAGGGGAGUUCAAUAGGAUGGAAACCAAUUUACAAUUAUGCAGAUUUAUGCCUUUAUUUUUUAGCAUUUUAUUUUUUUCAUGUUCAGUCUUCCAGGUUGGUUUAGUUUGGUUCACUAGAGCUGUAUAGUUUGGUUAAAUAAUGAGUAAUUUAGUUUUCUAUUUAACUAGGCUUACAAUUAACCAUUUUUCUUUGAUAUUUAUUUCUUUGCUUAAUUUUUUUUUACUCUUUUCAGUGAUUAAUUUCUGUUUUGUUUCGCUGAGGAAUCUGUUUAGAGCUUUGCUGAUGUUGCGAGAUGUAGCUACCCGAGAAACACAGAAUCGAACACACUAGAAGUGCACCCUUUUAAUCUUUACUAGUCAUUGUGAAGUUGCUGUGUAAGUUAAUAAACACAAUUGUAAAUACAUUGUUUGCUGGGCGAAUAUGGCUGAGUUACAGUGCAGGAAGGAAUUCUUGAGUCUGUGUUGCGAUUGCUACUUAAUGGAACAAUUGCAAGCAAAUAUUCAGGCUCCUCCUUUGUUCUCUUCUGCCCCUCUACCAUCUAAAAUAACCAACCGGGGAAGAGAAAGGGAAUCGUCCUCACCACCACUUUCACCAGGAAACGGGCAUAAAAGAUUUGGAAUUCGUCAUUCCUGAAACGAAUGCUAGACCCGUGCCCUGCCCUGGGUUUAUAGCAGCUCUGCACAACGAUAACUUAAAGGCAGAAUGAGAUGUAAAGUGCUUUUAUAAUGCAAUAUUAAAGGCGAGUUUUUUUGACGUGGCAUGUCUUGAAAUAAACAUCAAUGAUAUGUGACAAA